ACACCCGGUGCGCGCUGCGGACGAGAGUACGCGGAUCACGCCACCACAAAAACGCGCGUACAAGGGUGGCCGGUUUGCGGUUGUUGAUUGUCAGUGAUUCACAGUGUGUUCUUGCGUGCGGGUGCUCAGUGACCGGCUUUCCUGACGACUUCACACUCUGGAACAUUGUCAGCGGACAUCAACGCAUCGCAGAGCCGCAAACGCUUCAGCAUGUCUAACCUGGGACUGGACAUCGCCCUGGGCCUCAUAAAGGUCCUGGUGUCGGCGUACGACGUCGUCACACUACCGAUCCACUUCGUGUGCCAGAGGCCGUGGGACUACUGGAGGAAAAAGAACCUGGCGUUUGCCAAAUGUGCAAUUGAUGGGGACCCCAGUGCACCCUACGUGCGCACCUACAGCAAUGGGCUGGACAGUCUCAGUGGUGUGCGAACCAUGGACGAGCUGACGCGAAAGGCGAUCCACACGUUCGGCGACCGUCCUUGCUUCGGCUACCGCCCAGUUCUGGGAGAGAGUGAAGAGAAGCAGGAUGAUGGAAAAGUCUUCAAGAAGCUUGUCCUGGGUGACUACAAGUGGAUGUCCUACAAUGAAGCGGACGAAAAGAUUGACUUGAUUGGACGUGGCCUCAUGGCUCUUGGUGUGCGUCCCCGCCAGAAUGUAGUCAUCUUGGCCGAGACGCGCAUUGAGUGGAUGCUGGCAGCCCAGGCCUGUCUGCGUAUCAACAUCCCAGUGGUCACGCUGUAUGCAACACUUGGGGAAGACGGCAUCAUCCAUGGCAUCAAUGAAACUGAGGCCACCCACCUCAUCACCUCUUACGAUCUCAUGCCGAGGCUUGCGAAAAUCAUCGACAAGAUUCCAUCCCUGACGCACAUUAUCUACAUGGAGAACCCCGUGGCCAAGGCUCCCCCGGUGGCCCCCACUGGGCUCCACCUCGUUCCUUUCGCCAAGCUGGAGGAGAGCGGCCGCACGGCCGACACAGAGCUGAGAGGCGAGACACCCACGGCAGACGACGUUGCCAUCAUCAUGUACACGAGCGGCUCCACGGGAGUGCCCAAGGGCGUAAUGAUCACCCAUGGCAACAUAGUGACCACUGCCCGCGGAUUCAGCGUAAUCUGCAAGGACGUCGGUGACACUGAUGCCUACAUUGCCUAUCUACCUCUCGCCCACGUCCUGGAGCUGGCAGCUGAAUGCCUCUCAUUUGCCUUGGGAGCAAGGAUUGGUUAUGCAUCGCCACUCACACUGACAGACAAGUCCACUGGAAUUCAGAAGGGCUGCAAAGGUGACGCAUCUCUACUGAAGCCUACCAUCAUGGUGUCUGUGCCGCUCAUUCUGGACCGAAUCCGCAAGAGCAUUACAGAAGUGGCGUCUGUGAAGGGCCCGUUCUUCCGGCGCUUCUUCGAGUACCUCAUCGCCUACAAAUCGUUCUGGCUUCGACUUGGCUUCAACACACCACUGCUGAACAGGCUGGUGUUCAACAAGAUGCGGGCCCUGCUUGGUGGCAGGGUGAAGGUGAUUGCAACCGGCUCUGCGCCACUCUCAGCCGACACCCACGAGUUCAUCCAAGCCUGCCUCGACUGCUACGUUGUGCAGGGAUACGGCCUCACCGAGACGGCUGCCGGUGCCACCAUCAUGGACUUGGAUGACAUGAGCUUUGGUCGUGUGGGUGCACCUUUGGUGGGCUGCUACAUCAAGCUCGUUGACUGGGAUGAGGCCAACUACCAUGUGACAGACAAACCAUACCCACGUGGCGAGAUCCUGGUUGGGGGACCCUGCAUCACUAAGGGCUACUACAAGAACGAGGCGCUCACGAAUGAGUGCUACCGGGAAGAAGAUGGAAUCCGCUGGUUCUACACGGGGGACAUCGGAGAGAUGUACCCCGAUGGAACGGUCAAAAUCAUCGAUCGCAAGAAGGACCUGGUAAAGCUCCAGUUCGGAGAGUACAUCUCGUUGGGCAAGGUGGAGACGGAGCUCAAGACUUGCCCUCUGAUCGACAACCUCUGUGUGUACGGAAACUCGUUCCACACGUACCUGGUGGCGCUAGUGGCGCCCAACCCCAAGCAGCUGCAGAUUCUUGCUGACAAGCUUGGCCGUGGCCACCUGACCUUCGACCAGCUCUGCGAUGACCCUGUGGUGGUGAAUGCGGCUGCUGAGGCCAUCAUCUCUCAUGCCCGCAAAGCCAACCUGCAGAAGAUGGAGAUUCCAACCAAGCUGAAGCUGUGCCGCGAGGACUGGCAGCCAGACACCGGGCUCGUCACAGCUGCCUACAAGAUCCGCCGGAAGAAGAUCCAGCAGUUCUACCAGAACGACAUCGACGAGCUCUACGACACGUCGGUGCGGGCCUCCAAGUCCACGUGAAGCCGCUGCGCCGAAAAGAAGUCGUGCAUCACCGCAACCCACUUUCAUCGAGUGUCGUUCGUCGUUGUUUCCACUUGCACAAGAGCUGCGCGCGCACACCCACGCGACCGAUUUGUCGGAACUCUGCCGCGACUGCGCGUGUUGUGUACAUAGGACUGUGUUGUACAGAAGACACUUCUCUCCCCCCCCCCCCACGAGACCCCCUCCUCCCGCCUCGUUCUGGUGUGCAAGUGAGGGAACUGUGAUAGCUGCCAUUUUGCGUGGCAAUGUCGGGAACUGUGGUGGAGGGAGGGCUUGCUUCAGGAUAACUAUGCGCACAGACACAGGCUUCGUGCAAUGAGCACAAGUGUCGCUGUGGUUGACUUGCUGUGAAGGCACGAGCGGGCCGACAGCAAGUGUGGUUUGACAACAGAAUGCAGUCAACCCGCUCGUGCCGUUACGGUAGGUUGCACCAAGUGGCCCAGCAAACUACUGUUGAUGUAGUAGACCUGUCUGACGGGAGAAUAAGCUGCUGGCACAGUGUUGUAUGUACACUUCAGCCUUGUCCUUUUACAUUUUUUUUAUAACCUUCCAGUCAUGUUUCCUGUGCGCACAUUUUAGUUCCAUCCACAUCCACUGUGUGCGGUCUCUUUUUUUUUUUUUUUCUUCAGACAGUCAUGUGUUCAGUUUUGGGAGGGGGCUCUUCGCAUCCUUUGUUAAUUUAUUAUACCUAAAUAAUAAAGAUAACGAGGAUGUUUUUUGCAUUUACAGCAAGAAGCAGUGUUCCCUGGUGUGUGACAAUUGAGGGGGGAGUGUUUUUAAGUACCUAAAGGAGUAGAGGCCAUUUUUUUUUGUUUGUUUGAAAGGACAAUUUUAGUGUUCCUUGUAAAUAGUGAGACUACUUUGUGCUUCUCCUUUAUUUAUGGCAUUCGCUUGUACGCUGUUGACUAGUUCAGAAAACGGGGGACCAUGUUGUGUGUUCUUUGACCUGUGUACCCACUCUUCCUUCUCUGGGGGCCUCUCUCCUCCACAUCUCGUACGUUCUUUUUUCCCUCUCUCUCUAAAUGUGUUGACUCUUUUUCAUGAAGUUGCAAGUUGCUCCAACUAAUAUUAUUGUGCCUUUAAUUUCCAAGGCCCCCAAAGAGAAAACAAUAAAUCUACAAGCGUUGAACACAUG